UUCUGCAAUUGGACAUGGGAUCAAUUCCUCUGCUGGCCACCAACACCGGCUGGCGUACUAGCGCGCAUGCAUUGUCCACCAGUCGGACAUGGCAUUGACACAACAAAGUUCGCCAAUCGAAAAUGUGAGCUGGAUGGCCACUGGGGACGUCGUCCCAACGACGCACAGAAUAGCUCCAACGGCUGGACGGACUAUCAGCCUUGCUUUAAGCCAGAAGUUAAUGAUAUGCUGCAGCGAGUGGAGAAUAUCGAUGUCUACUUAGACAUCGCUCACCGCACGCGCACCCUUGAGAUCGUCGGCCUAAUCCUGUCGCUGGUCGCUUUGAUUAUCUCCUUAAUUAUUUUUUGCAAUUUCUCCUCGCUACGCAACAAUCGCACAAAAAUUCACAAAAAUCUCUUCAUUGCUAUGGUUUGCCAAGUGAUCAUACGACUGACGCUGUAUCUCGAUCAGGCGUUUCGGCGUGGCAGUCAAUCGUCGACGGCGAAUACGAGUACAGCGGGUAUUGAGAAUACGCCCUACCUCUGCGAGGCCUCCUACGUGCUGCUCGAGUAUGCUCGCACCGCCAUGUUCAUGUGGAUGUUCAUCGAGGGUCUGUACCUGCACAAUAUGGUGACGGUCGCGGUGUUUCAGGGCCGCUUUCCGCACACAAUCUUCUCGUUACUCGGCUGGGGCCUGCCCGUGCUGAUGACCACCGUCUGGGCGAUAUGUACGGCCUUGUAUACGGACAGCGCACAGGACUGCCUAUGGAACUACAAUUUGACGCCUUACUACUGGAUACUCGAGGGACCGCGUUUCAUUGUUAUACUGCUGAACUUCUUCUUCCUGAUGAACAUCAUACGCGUCCUGGUGAUGAAAUUGCGCCAGAGUCAAGCCAGCGAUAUCGAGCAGACGCGCAAGGCGGUGCGUGCAGCCAUUGUGCUGCUGCCCUUGCUGGGUAUCACCAAUUUACUGUACCAAGUACCUGCACUGAACUUGAAGCCGCCAUGGAAAUUCGCCAUUUGGUCAUAUGGGACGCAUUUUCUAACCUCAUUUCAGGGAUUUUUCAUUGCCUUGAUCUACUGUUUCCUAAAUGGUGAGGUUCGCACCGUUCUACUGAAAAGCCUCGCCGUCUACAUGUCCGUACGCGGUCACCCCGAAUGGGCGCCAAAACGUGCCUCAAUGUUCUCCGGCGCCUAUAACACUGCACCCGACACCGAAGGCCAGGCCGGUGGCACGCCACAGGAUGGCAAAAGAAACGAUCACUCGCCCACCACACGCCGCAUGAAUGGCCGCAGAUAUAGCGCGGCCGCCACCGGCACGCACAUACCCGCGCGCCGCCUCUCCAGCGGCAGCACCUACCGCCACCAGCAGCGACGUGUUAGUAAUCACAACAACAACGUUGCCGCACAUAUAGCGCGUCGGCAGAGCAACAACGGGGGCGGCGGGGGUACCAGCAGCGGCGGUGGCGGCAGUUGGCUCUUGACGCUGUGCUUUGGCGGCCAAAAGGUACUAAGAGUACCGCCAGCGUCAUCCGUACCACCCGAAACAAAUGUGUGAUGUCUAGCAAAAAAAUAUCUACGCAAAUAUUUAUGACAGCAAAAGCCAAGACGCCAGCGACUUACGCCACUGAAGUGGGGCGUCGAUGAG